AUGAAUCUAAUAGUUGGUUUCUUGAACCAGUUCAAUCAAUUUGAGUCUCAAUUAUCAUCAAUGACGACAUAUCUAUAUCAAGCUUAA